GGGUCUCUGCGUUGGAAGGAAGAGGCCAUCGCCCUCCUGGCAUACACGUUGGAGACAGAUUUGUACAAGGAGUUCAACAGGGCCGUGCCCACGGCCGGGCACUCCCGCCAGGAAUAUCUGGACAAAUUUCACUUCAAGUUGGUGCAUUUCCUGCUGACCGAGGCCCUGGAUGACCUGCGGGAUGCCCAGACCCACCCCCGCUGCCUCCACGUGUACCGGGGGGUCCGAGGGAUCCGCUUCACUGCCCAGCCCGGUGACAUCGUCCGCUUUGGCCAGUUCACCUCUGCCUCCCUCAACAAAGAAAUUGCCAAGAGGUUUGGCACCGACACCUUCUUCGAGCUGGACACCUGCCAUGGCGCCAAAAUCCGGGACUUCUCCUUCAUGCCCUGGGAGGAGGAAGUCCUCAUCCCGCCCUUCGAGACCUUUAAUGUCACCAGUGUCACCCGCCAAGGGGACAAAACCCACAUCCAGCUCCGCCCCCACGGCGUGUACAGCAAAUACAACUGCGCGUGGCUCCGAGGCAGCAGCAUCCGCAGGGAACCCCCAAGCCUCACUGGGCUCCUCCUGGCCAUGCUGGCCCUGGCAGUGGCCAUCGGCACCCCCUGAGCCACGAGGACACCGCUGUCACCUCUGCCACCGUGCCCGGCCAAGACGAGGGCUCAGGAACGGAGCCACCGGUGUCACCAGGACGGCAGGACGGGCCGGGGGGCACGGGGACCCCCCGCUGCAGGGGGACACUGCACAAGCCCAGGGGACGCCCUCCCUGAGCGAUGGCUGGGGGUUGGGGGGCAGCUGAGUGGGGGCAUAGGGGGGAUUUGCUUCUCUUUGGGGAUUCUUUUCUCCCUUCCAAUAUUUUGACUUUUCUUUCCAAUUAUUAAAGUGGUUUUAGCACAACCCAUGAGUUUCCUUCUUCCUUUA